AUGAGUGCAGUGUUGUGCGUGAUCCGGUCGCAACAGCAGCUUUUUAGCUUGAUCUCGGGCAGCCACAAGCCAGCCAACGUGGCACCGCUCGCGGAAGCAGGCCGGCGGGCUUGGCUGCUGGCCCUUGCCCCAGCUGCCGCGCAGGCGGCAAUUCCGAUGAUGGAGGAGUACUACGAGGGAAACGGAGCAAAGAUCUCUCUGACGAAGGAAGAGGUCGAGGCAAACCGGUACGCUGUGCAGACGGCAUGGUUCCAGCAAAAAGGCUUGUCGUUGUCGGCUGCGGCUGAUGCUGCAUUGGCCUCCCUCGGGGGUGUCGAGAGCAUGCUGAAGCAGGGAGAUUUCGAUGGAGUCAGGAACCUCCUCGUCUCUCCAUCGGUGGGUUCCAUAGGGAUCGUGCUUUCUCCGUCGAGAGUGGGCGGCCAGCCUUUUGGUGCAUGGGCGGACCAAUGCAAGAACAGCAAAGUGUGUGACUCCUCGCUGGUGAUUGCGCGUGGCACCCUGCAGGAGCUCGAGGAGUGGUGCUUUACCAAGCGAGCCUUCUACUUUAACUCCGCCGACAAAGCGCAGGUGGAGUCUCGGAAGGAGACGGGCGCAGCUUUGCAGAAAAUCACGGAAAGCUUGGAGGAUCCCCUAGACUAUUUGGAGCAGGCUCGCGCCGCCAUUGCAGAGGUCCGAAGCGACGCCAAGAGGUGA